AUGGGGAUUUCUAAGAUAGAUAUCCAUCGCUCUCUGGUCACGCCAGAUACUCCCCCACCCGAAUUAGAGAGCCACCACGCUUCAGCUUCCGCAUACAGGUCCGCCGAAACCCAUUAUUGGAGGAGUGUUGCGCCCAUAUCUCCGCCUAUGUCAAGCUAUGAUAAGCAGUUCAAGUCUGACAUGUCAGCUGGGAAGAAUUUGGAAGACAGCAGGGCUCGGGACAUGGCCGCCCAGAGCGCGCCCCGACAACAGCUGCCGUCGCUGAGCAGCAUAUUUGGUCCACCAAGCCAGAUGCGCCCUCUACACUCGCCAAUGUCCGAGCGACCUAGCCCCCUGAGAUCGCCGCUGGAUCGGCCCCCUUCUGCGUCUGCUAAUUCCGAGAGGUCGUACUCGAACUCGUACUUUCCAAACGUGUCGACGCCGGUGGCCCAACCGCGCAGCGUGUACGAACCGAGACUAGAACAAGAAAGGACCGCUCUCCCAUCGGUAUCACAUCGUUUCCCCGGACCACUUUCACCCAGGAACCAUGAGUUCGACAGAGCACAGAACGCCCCUCGUAAUGAUUCGACCACCAGCUCCAGAUGGUCCAGCCAGUCCAGCCAGUCGGACUCGAGGAGGCCUGAAUAUGUCUUUGGGACUCGGGAGGCAGCAUCAUCAUUCCGACCUGUCAACGACCGGUUACCUUAUCCUCCUAUAGGACAGAAGCCCAGUCACGAUUCGCUUGGAGGCUACAGAGAACAACUGCAACGCCAGCCGCAACCUUCAGGCCACUCGUCGAACCUGUUGUCGAGCGGAGCCUCGGAGGCGGCGCCGGUCAAGGAUGGCUUAGGGCCAAAGAUCUGGACCGGCACGCAUUUCUUGCCACGGUUCGUGCGACAGGCGGAAGUACCGGGGGAGGGUCUGUGCUACUUCUAUGACGACGGUUCGCAUUGUAAGACAGUGAUUGAUGGAGAGCAGGUGAAUGCUCACUGGGGAGUCACGAAAGCUGGAAAGCCGAGAAAGCGACUUGCAAUCGCCUGCUUGACAUGUCGGGAGAAGAAGAUCAAGUGCGAUCCGGACUUUCCUCGAUGCGUACAAUGCGAGAAGUUCGGCAGAGUAUGCAAGUUCAAGAACGCGCCCCGAGGCGGACACAACACUUCCCCGUCCAACUCGCCAGGAUCACAUUCGAUCUCGCAGGUUAGGGAGCACGAGCAACAGAGGCCCCGAAGCAACUCCAGCGCCUCCGUCUCCCCGCGGACGACGACACUGCCUCACCCCUCGCCGGAGCACGCCGACCUGGGCAGCAAGAGGGUACGCGUCAGCUAUGAGCAUUACAAGCCCACAUCCAACGAGACCGCACCGCCUUAUCCGCCCCAGGAGGUCAAGAGGACCCCGCUAUCAUGGCACCAGCGCGAAUUACCUCGCGUUCAUGAGGACCUCCUCUGCCGGCCCUGGCAAACAGAGCCGCGGCAUCUGUGA